AAAGCAAACAACAUAACUUAGAGAGAUGGGGAAUUGCCAAGCAAUUGAUAAUGCAGCUUUGCUAUUACAACAUCCAAAUGGCAAAGUAGAGAAGCUCUAUUCAUCUGUCACUGCUCACCAAAUCAUGAAAAUAAAUUCUGGUCAUUAUGUUUCUCUUCUUCUCACCACCACCACUACCACCACCACCAACAAUAAUACACCGGUACGAGUUAGGCGAAUAAAGCUUCUCAAACCUAAUGAUACACUUGUUCUUGGUCAGAUUUACAGACUAGUUACUGCUCAAGAGGUAAUGAAAGGAUUGUGCGCAAAGAAGUAUGCGAAGCUGAAGCAGUUAGAAUAUUCAUGUGAAAAGUUGACUCAAAAAUCAAAUUUGAAUGUUAAACAAAGUGUUACAAGAUCUGUUCAGGAGAAUUCUAAACAGGUUAAACAGGAAAAACAUAGAAACUCAACAGGUGCAAGAUGCAGAGCAUGGCAUCCCUCAUUACAGAGCAUAUCAGAAGCUGCUUGUUGAUUUGGGAUGAUUAUAUUAUUUGAUUAAUUAAAUUGUUCUACAGAAAAAGUGUCCUUGUUUUGGUGUCCGUAGCUCGAUCAAUUCCACGAGAUACCGGAC